UAAAAAUAAAAAAAAAUGAAUAUUGUUAGUGGUGACCAUUUCCAAGGUGUAGUGGAUUGGUAGUGAAGCUAAUGUGGCGCAGAGGUAGCACCAUUUUUUCGGUAAGUUUGUAGUGAUAGCCUAACCUACUCACACUCAAAAGUGAUUUUCUCUCGAAGUUAUGUCUAGGCCCAAGAUUAUUGGACAGCCCAUUUAUGUAAAAUAAAGUCAAUAUGUAUGGGUUUUAUACAAGAUUGAAGACGCCUUGACCAGUUGACCUUGAGUCAACGAAUCACAAGUCGGCGAAAGAAUAAAAAUUAUCCAUAUCUUAUCCCCUUCCAUAUGAUGACAAUUCAAGAAGAUUCAUAUCAUGCCUUCGAUCGAUUAGCCUGUAAAACCUAACAAAUUCACAACGUGCUUUUGCCCCCAUUUAAUUGAAGUAUGGAACAAUGCUAUCGUAAUCAUGGCAGAGGCAACCUACAAGCUUACGAGAGAUGGUGUUGUCUAGCUUGGUCUCGAGGUCAUCGAUUAAACUGGGACCCGUCCUUUAAUUUUUUCUGCCUUUUUUUUUUUCGGCAUUACUCCUUCCCACUUAGGGGAAACUCCAAGGGUUUGAGAGUUUUUUUUUUUUUUGGUGGAGAGAUAGAAAGGCAAUGGACGUAAGUACAGAGAGAGUGAAAAAGGGGAACUUUUUGAAAAUGCCAACCACACUCCAGGUUCCACAAAUGCAGAUGUCUCACAAAAAGCUAGAAUAAAAAAAUGGCGUUUAUACUUGAAAUCAUUGCUGGUCCAAUUGUUGAAUGUUUGCUGCCUCCUGUCAAGAAAAAUCUGGGUUAUCUUUUUUCCUCCACAAAACAUGUGAGGAACAUGAGUGCUAAAAUGAACCAACUGAAUGGUACUUGCAUUGAUGUCAAAAAGCACAGGGAUGCAAACAAUAUAAAUAAUCUAGAGAUACCUGAGCGUGUACCGGGUUGGUUGGAAGAGGUUGAACAGAUUAGAAAAGAUGCUCAAAGCAUUUCAAGUACUGAGAGUGGAUGUUUUAACAUAAUAAUGAGGUACCGAGCAGGAAGGAAGGCAUGUAAGACUACUGAGGCGAUCGAAAGUCUUAUUACGGAAAAACUUCAAAUGAGCUGGAGUGAUGCUCAAAAACCUCUUGGGAGAGUGCAUUCUAAAAUCGCAUCUUCGGAUGGUGAUGCCCAAAAUCACUUCAAAUCAAGAGAGAAGCCUUUUAAGGAUGCGCUCGGGUUCCUUCAACAAAAUGAGAUGAUAGCCCUAUGUGGAAUGGGUGGUGUGGGAAAAACGACCAUGAUGGAACAGCUGAAAAAGCAUCUGGAAGGUGAGAAAAAGUUUGAUUUGUUUCUAAAGGUGGUUAUUGGGAAAAAAGAAGCGUCUUCUAUUCAGCAAGCUUUGGCAGAAUGCAUAAGUCUAUCUCUAACUGAAACAGAUCCAACAAGAAGGGCAGAACGUCUUGGUAUAGCAUUUAGAAAGCUGGGAGAAGAUAAAAGAAAGGUGUUAGUGAUAUUAGAUGAUGUAUGGGAGACGAUCGAACUCAAAGAUAUUGGACUAAGUCCUUUUCCCAACAGCUUCAAGUUAUUGUUGACAUCGCGUAAUGAAAGAAUUUGCAGGCAAAUUGCAGCAAAAUGUAAUUUUGAUUUGAAAGUAGUUAAUGUGGAACUCAUGGAGGAGCUCGAAGCACAGAAUUUCUUUUGGAAAAUCAUAGGAGCCGCAAAACAAAAUGAUCUGGAGCUCAAUCAAAUUGGAACAGGGAUUGUGAGAGAAUGUGGGUGUUUGCCCCUUGCCAUUAAUCUCGUUGCCAGUCGUCUUAAGUUUGAAGAAAAGGCUGCAUGGAGAGAUACACUCCGCCGUUUUCAGAAUAAAAAUCUUGAUUAUGUGCAAGAAAGUGUUAAGAUAAGUUAUGACUAUAUAAAAGAGGAUGAGGAAAAAGAGAUCUUUCUUCUUUGUGGCUUGUUUCCUGAUGACUUUAAUAUUCCAAUUGAGGAACUCACAAGAUAUGCAUGGGGCCUACGGUUGUUAUAUGGAGUUUCUACUAUCAGAGAGGCUAGAGAUAGGUCAGAGACGUGUGUGCAGAGUCUCAAAAAAGCAAAUUUGUUGAUGGAAUGCGAUGAUGAUGGGUGUGUCAAAAUGCAUGAUCUUGUGCUUGAUUUUGUUUUAGGUAGAGUUUCUAAGGGUGACCAUCCAUGGGUAAUUAAUCAUGGUGAUAAUUUAAAGUGGACUAGUGAUGGAAUGAGUGAGUCUUGUAACAGAAUUUCUAUUACAUGCACGGGUAUGUCUGAGUUUCCUAGUGACUCUAAGUACCCAAACGUAUCACUUUUGAGACUUAUGGAUGGAGAUAAGUCACUUAAGUUUCCUGAAGAUUUUUAUGAAAGAAUGGAAAAUCUUGAAGUUAUAGCAUAUGAAAAAAUGCAGUAUCCGUUGCUCCCCAGAUCACUUCAGUGCUCCACCAAGCUUCGGACACUCAUUUUCCAUCGAUGCACAUUGAUGUUUGAUUGCUCUGUUAUUGGAGAACUCUUGAAUCUGGAAGUGCUCAGUUUUGCUCAUUGUGGCAUCAGAAAGUUACCAUCAGCAAUCGGAAAGUUAAAGAAGCUAAAGCUACUGGAUUUGACGGGUUGUGUCAAUCUUCGUAUUGAUGAUGGUGUCUUGAAAGAUUUGGUCAAUCUUGAAGAGCUUUAUAUGAGAGUUGCUGAUGAAGAGGCAAUUAGGUUCACAGACAGCAAUCAUGCUGAAUUAGCAGAACUUUCAGAGCACCUUUCUGCACUAGAAAUCGAGUUCUUUGGGAAUAGUGGUAAGCCCGAGAAUGUGUUGUUUACAAAACUAGAAAGAUUCAGGAUCUCCAUGGGAUGUAGCUUAGGAUACAAUCACUCAUUUGAAAACACAUUGAAGUUGGUCACUAACAAAGAUGAGCUAUUGGAAUCUAGAUUGAAUGAGUUGUUUGUGAAAACAGAGGUGCUUUAUCUAGAAUUGGAUGGUAUGAAUGAUUUUCAUCAACAGUUGUUUAAUAAUCUAAGAGUCCUUGAUGUCUUCAAGUGUUCAAACUUGAGAUUCCUCUUCACAGUCCCUAUUGCAAAUGGUUUGAUGAACCUUGAACGCCUCACAGUUUCAGAGUGCCCUGUUCUGGAAGUACUUGCACAUAGUGAGAAUAGUGGAGAUGGGGUAAUCAAGUUUCAGGGGCUAAAGUUUCUAAGAUUGGAUAGGCUACCAAAGUUGAUAGGUCUUUGCAACACUGCUAAUGUAAUUGAGGUACCACAGCUGGUGGAGUUGGAACUUGAUGGCCUUCCUAAUUUCAGUAGCAUUUAUCCAGAGAAAACAUCUGCAACAUCUUCUAUGUCCAGUAAUGCCUCUGCAAUUCAACCAUUCUUUAACAAACAGAUGCUGAUUCCUAAGUUGGAGAAAUUGGGGAUUUGGAGUAUGGAUAAGCUGAAAGAGAUAUGGCCUUAUCAAUUUAGUAGUAGUGACGAAGUUAAUGCCUGCAUGUUGAGAGAGAUUCACGUGAGGAAUUGUGAUAAUAUUGUGAAUCUGUUUCCAACCAAUCCCAUGUUCUUGCUGGGUCGUCUGGAAGAGCUUGUUGUUUCUGAAUGUGGAAGCAUUGAAGUGUUGUUUAAGAUCGACAUGAGUUGUGUUGGUGAAAUUGAAGAAUUAAGUAGCAACUUGACAUUUAUUUAUGUAUAUGGUUUGGGGAAGCUAAGAGAGUUGUGGAGGAUGAAAGGUGAAAGUAGCUCUGAUAUCCUCAUCCGUAGCUUUCAAGCUGUUGAAAGCAUAAGAAUAGAAGACUGUGAGAGGUUUGUAAACGUAUUCACACCGACCGUCACCAAUUCUGAUGUGAGAACAUUUAUGAAUGUGAGUAUAGAUGGUAGGAGAUAUUGUGAAGCAAACAGGAGAAACAUUGAAUUGGCUCAGAAAAGCAAGGAGAUUAAUGUUAUAUCCAAGGCAGAGAUCAUUUCAGAGGUGUAUGGUAAUAUUCCUGACGUUGAAUCCUCAAUUCAUCCCAAACCUUUUCACGUUAAUCACCUUCAAACACUUUAUGUAAAUGGCGGCUGUAAGGAUGUUGAAGUGGUGUUUGAGAUAGAGAGUUCCAGUAGCAGCAGCAGCAGCACAGAUUUGACAACAACUCUGCAUAAAUAUAAUCAUCAACCACCACCACUACUACUUCCCCACCUCAGGUAUUUAAAUUUAUGGAAUAUGGAGAGGAUGAGUGAUGUGUGGAAGUGCAAUUGGAAGAAACUUAUUAUUCCUCAAAACCAAUCACAAUCCUACUCAUUCCACAACCUCACAGUCAUAGACAUGGGUCUAUGCAAUAACAUAAAGUACUUAUUUUCACCUCUCAUGGGCAAACUUCUUCCCAACUUAAAGGAGGUCACGAUAUGGAAUUGUGAUGGUAUUGUAGAAGUUGUUUCAAAUAGAGAUAUUAAUGAUGAAAAUGAAGAAAUAAUAUCUUCUACUCACACAAACACCUUCUCCUCCUUCCCUCUUCUUGAUUUGCUCUUCCUCCAGUCUUUGCCACGCCUAAAGAGUAUCGAUGGCGGUACUACGAUCACAACUACUUCCAUCCAUGAUCAGCUCCAGUGUUCUCAAGUCGGUGUUGCUUCUUGGUUCUUAUGCCAAAACUCCAAAAAGAUUUAUAUAUCAACUUGUCCUGCCCUAUCAAGAGUGUUUCCAUCCAAUGUAGUGGGACAACUGAAUAAGCUUGAAGUGUUGAGCAUAUCAGAAUGCAAGUCAAUGGUGGAGAUAUUUGAAAGUAAAGAAAUAAACAAAGAUGGUGUUGAUAGUACUACGAAUGUUGGUGAUGGAAGUGAUGAUACUUGUACUGCAAUCACCAUCCCAAGGUCGGCAAAUAUGACUCUGCUUCAACUGCCCAACCUAACAAUAUUGCACAUCAAAAAAUGUGAAGUUUUGGAAUAUAUAUUCACAAGUUCCACACUUGAAAGCCUCAAGCAACUCAAAGAAUUGACUGUAGCAGAAUGCAAGGCAAUGCAAGUGAUUGUGAAGGAAGACACAGAGCACACAGAAAAAUCUAAAUCUAUUAUAGUCUUCCCACAUCUCAAGUCCCUUACACUUGUAGAUUUACCAGAUCUCAAGGGUUUCUUCUUGGGGACGAAUGAGUUCAGGUGGAAAGCAUUGGAAAAGGUUAAGAUUUAUGGCUGCCCACAAAUGAUGAAUUUCACAUCUGGUCACUCCAUGACUCAGAAGCUCAACUACAUACAUACAGAAUUAGGCAAGCAUAGUCUUGAUCAAUAUGGCCUCAACUUCCAUUUGACCAAUGCUACACAAGAGACUCAACUCCCUAUGUGCUCUACUCCAGAUUUGAUAAAGCUAGUUCAAUUCCCGUGGUCUUUUUCAAAUUUAGUUGAAGUAGAUGCACACAAGUAUGGUGACAAAUUGUUGAAAAGCCGCAUAAUUUUUCCAUGCAAGGAGUUGCUUAAUCUGAAGAAUCUUGAAAAGCUUUCUAUUACCAAUGCCCUUGGAUCUGUAGCACAGGAGGUAUUUGAAGUAGCAGAAGGGACAAAUGAAGAUGUGGAUAUUGAAACACAAUCUGUUGUGGUAUUUGAGAAGCUGAAAGAGGUGACUUUGGGUGGAAUAUUUAAUCUGAAGCAUGUGUGGAAGAGCAAUCGGUGGAUAGUGUUGAACUUUCCAAACCUUACAAAGGUCUAUUGCAGCUCCAAGAGCUAAAAAUAAGUGACUGCGAGAGUAUGGAAGUGAUUGUGAAGCAAGUUGAAGAUUCCGAAAACAGACCGACUACUACUGAGAGUAUGGAAGUGAUUGUGAAACUUCUUCCCAACUUAAAGGAUGUCUGGAUAGAUGGGUGUGAUGGUAUUGAAGAAGUUGUUUCAAAUAGAGAUAUUAAUGAUGAAAAUGAAGAAAUAAUAUCUUCUACUCACACAAACACCAUCUCCUCCUUCCCUCUUCUUGAAGAACUCUUCCUCUAUUCUCUGCCACGCCUAAAGAGUAUCGAUGGCGGUACUAUGAUCACAACUACUUCCAUCCAUGAUCAGUUCAAGGCAUCUUUUGAUUUCAAACAGCCCCGCCACCACCACAUGUCCCUGAGUACUCCCUGGAACUUGUAUCUUGUGGUGGCUGGCGGUUGUUUCUGGUGGUGAAUUUGGCCAGAGAAAUUUCCAUGUGUACAUACUUACACCAAAAUUACCUGUUUUCAAAAGAAAACACAAACUCUCGCCUUCUUGAUGAAUUAUAUUUCUUCCUUCACUCACAACUUUAUCCUCUGUAAAUAACAUAAACAUACUUUUCUUUACUAUAUUUUAAUCCCCUGUUUUAGGCUAAA